AGGUGCCGGACGGUUUGGACUUUGUAUCCUGGGGGUGCAAAGUGGGGAGGCUGGGGGGCCGAAUGAUCUCAAGUACCCUACUGGCCUGACUGCAUCUCUGAUGUCCCAGAGGAUUUUGCUUUCUCCUCUACCCCACAACCCAGACUGUAACGCCUGUGGAUCUGGGAUAGGGGGUGUUUUUCACAUUCCCUGCUAGCAAGCUUGCACCUCCAUUGGAAGUAGUAAUUCAUUCACCAGUUGGACUACACAUCCUUUAAUAGUGGAAUUGUCUUCCAUUACUGCACAGCUUGGAUUACAUUGCUAAGGAGGUACAAGGGCCUUUCUUCAUUGAGAAUUGCUUUUUAAACUCAUCAUGGUGGUCUUCAACGGUGUGUUAAAGAUAAAGAUUUGCGAGGCUCUGGACCUCAAGCCUACAGCAUGGUCCCUGCGACAUGCUGUUGGCCCCCGGACCCAAACCUUUUUGUUGGACACCUACAUGGCUCUGAAUGUAGAUGACUCACGGAUUGGACAAACAUCCACCAAACAAAAGACCAAUAGCCCUACUUGGAACGAUGAGUUUGUGACAGAAGUCAGGGAUGGAAGGAAAAUUGAGCUGGCCGUUUUUCAUGAUGCACCCAUUGGUUAUGAUGAUUUUGUGGCAAACUGUAUCAUCCAGUUUGAGGACCUUUUGCAGAAUGGGAGCCGCCACUUCGAGGACUGGGUAGACUUGGAACCAGAAGGGAAAGUCUACGUAGUAAUUGAUCUGUCUGGUUCUUCAAGUGAAGCCACUGCCUCCCAAGACAAUGAGGAACGGGUAUUCCGGGAGAGGAUGCGGCCCAGGAAGCGGCAAGGGGCUGUGCGACGCCGAGUACACCAAGUUAACGGGCACAAGUUCAUGGCCACCUACCUGAGGCAACCCACGUACUGUUCCCACUGCAGGGACUUUAUCUGGGGAGUCAUUGGAAAACAAGGCUACCAGUGUCAAGUUUGUACCUGUGUUGUGCACAAAAGAUGUCAUGAACUUAUCAUUACAAAGUGCGCUGGUCUGAAGAAGCAAGAGGCAACCACUGAUGAGGUUGGAUCUCAACGUUUUAGUGUCAAUAUGCCUCAUAAGUUCAGCAUCCAUAACUACAAAGUCCCGACGUUUUGUGACCACUGCGGCUCUCUCCUCUGGGGUUUGCUACGACAAGGCCUUCAGUGUAAAGUUUGCAAGAUGAAUGUACAUAGGCGUUGUGAAACAAAUGUUGCCCCCAACUGUGGAGUGGAUGCACGAGGAAUUGCAAGAGUGCUGGCAGACUUGGGAGUCACACCAGAUAAAAUCAAUAGUGGCAAUCGACGGAAAAAGCUGGUUCCAGGAGCUGACCCUCAGCAGUCAGUCCCAGGUACACCACAGUCGGAAGAGGAUCGUUCCAAAUCGGCACCUACAUCACCUUGUGAUCAAGAAAUAAAGGAGCUUGAAAAUAACAUCAGGAAAGCUCUGUCCUUUGACAACCGAGGUGAAGAGCAUAAGAUGGCUGCCUCUGCAUCCACAGAAGGUAGUCGGGAAAAUGGCGAAGUGAAAGCACCACAGACCAAGCGAAUGAACCUUGAGGACUUUGUCUUCAUUAAAGUAUUAGGAAAGGGCAGCUUUGGCAAGGUCAUGCUGGCUGAACUAAAAGGUACCGAUGAGGUGUAUGCUGUUAAGGUCCUCAAAAAGGACGUAAUUCUGCAGGAUGAUGAUGUGGACUGCACUAUGACAGAAAAGCGUAUUUUGGCCCUAGCACGAAAGCACCCUUAUCUCACCCAGCUGUUCUGCUGCUUCCAGACAAAGGAUCGACUCUUCUUUGUCAUGGAGUACGUCAACGGAGGUGACCUCAUGUUCCAAAUCCAGCGUUCCCGCAAAUUUGAUGAAGCCCGAUCCAGGUUUUAUGCAUCAGAGGUUACGUCAGCUCUUAUGUUUCUACACCAGAAUGGAGUCAUCUACAGAGACUUGAAACUGGAUAACAUCCUUCUGGAUGCUGAAGGACACUGCAAACUAGCAGAUUUUGGGAUGUGCAAAGAGGGGAUUCUAAAUGGAGUCACAACAAUGACGUUUUGUGGGACACCAGACUACAUUGCACCGGAGAUCCUCCAGGAGUUGGAGUAUGGCCCAUCUGUGGACUGGUGGGCCUUGGGUGUCCUAAUGUACGAGAUGAUGGCUGGCCAGCCUCCCUUUGAAGCGGACAAUGAAGAUGACCUGUUUGAAUCUAUCCUGCAUGACGAUGUUCUCUAUCCCGUCUGGCUGAGCAAAGAGGCCGUGAGCAUCCUGAAAGCGUUUAUGACAAAAAGUCCCAAUAAGAGGCUGGGUUGUGUGGCUUUACAAGGUGGGGAAGAUGCCAUCAAGCAACAUCCAUUCUUCAAAGAGAUUGACUGGGCGCAGCUGGAACAACGCAGAAUCAAGCCACCAUUCAAACCGCGAAUUAAAACCAAAAGGGAUGUGAACAACUUUGAUCAAGACUUCACACGCGAGGAGCCCGUGCUUACACCGGUAGAGGAUGCCGUCAUUAAGCAAAUCAACCAGGAUGAAUUUAAAGGUUUUUCAUACUUUGGAGAAGAGCUUGUAUCGUAAGAUGUGACAGGAUGUGUGGCAUGUAGAAGGACUGGAAAAAAAAAAAGAAUGAAAUUAAAAUGCUGAAAGCAGGAACAAGCUGAACCGAUCAACUCGUCAAGUAUUAAUGCAACAGAGGCCCAUCUUCCUCAGCUGAUGGGAAAUUGUUUCCUCCUCAUUGCACUUGUCCAUUUUGGUGUACUGCUUUGGUGGAUGCAAAACACUGCCAUACAGAAUUCCACUCCAAGCCAAUUAAUAGCUCCCUUUAGUGUAGCCCAGACACUCGUCCCCAAAGCGUGGUGACAACCCAGAGUGACUGCACCCUGAUCUAGCAGGCCAUUAGCCCAGAAUGCAUUUAAAACCUACCAUUCCCUAAAUAAAUUGAACAUCACUACAGUUGAAAGUAAACGAGAGGUCAUGGUGUGACACUAAUUACCCAGAGAACUGUUUUUCCAGUAGCGUGCAAAUGGGUAUGCGCUAAGCCAAAGAACAAGGGAUUCACUAGUCCAGACUGGGCAACAACGUGGAAGUGAAGUUAGUGGGCCACUCCUUAUACCAGGACAUUCCAUUUCCAAAAUCUCUGCUGAUGAUGACUUGACAAGCAAACGUGUGUGCAUGCAUGUGCGUCAAGAAUGCGAUAACCUUAGUGUCAUACUUUGGAAACUGGACCCUUUCCACACCUGCCUCAUGAAGAAAGAAGCACUCAGUUACAGACCAUCUUCACGACCUGCUGAAUGUUUUCAUUGCUUGUUGAAUAGUAAGGACCUUGAGGUAAUGAGAUACUUUCUGCAUUUUUUUCAAUAUUGUGUUAAAGAAAAGUACAUCUUCUGUCAGAUACAGAAUACGUGUAUGUACGUGUGUAUUCACACAAUAUAUAGAACUUAUAAAUUGUUUAUAAAUAUAUAUAUAUAAUGAAUACAUGGGCACAGUUUGUGUAUAUGUACAUACAUACAUAUAUAGAAUUACAUAUACACAAUAUUAAUAGAAAUAUAUACAUUUAUGUGUAUAUUUAAGAAAAAUGCAGAAAUCUAUAUGAAAUCAUUUUUAAAUGCCUGUGAUGUGUCUAUGUUCACACCUAAAUAGCACACACGCAGAGUCCUAUCCGAGUAAACCCAGCCCUGCUGUUGGCCGUGUGGAUCUGAGGCAGGUUGUAAUCCAAAUCGCGUGUUCUCUCGAUGGCCAGCGUGUCACUGUCACAGCCAGGAAAAAAACAAAAACUUUACAAUCGCAAAGGGAAGUUUCCUGCAUUUUUAGUUUUUUUCCACUCUUUCCAAAGUAGCGUACAUUUAUUUUACAUUUUAUCUGAAUGGAUAUUUUCUGACAUCUUUCAAAAUAAAUGGUUGCCACAAAGGAAGUUCUAGGUCAGGUGAAGAAGAUGCAAAAGGACAAAAAAAAAAUGGGCAUGCUGCCAUGGAAAAACACAAUUAUUGUAAAUCUUGGGAUAAAAUUUUAAAAAAAAAAAAGUCUCUGUCAUGAAUUCCCAAAUUAUAGACCAGUUACGUGAUAAGUGUGUAAAUCAGGGGCUCUCAACGUCGGUCCUGGGGACCCCUGCGGCUGCAGGUUUUUGUUUUAAAUUGGACUCCUGGGCUAAUUCUGUGAUUCUGUGUUUUGGGAACAAUAUAGACAUUAGAAAACUAAGUUUGGUAAAAAAAAAAAUUAAAAUGUGCUAAGCAGUUAUAUGAGAAUAAUGUAUUUUAAUUUUUAUUUAUAACAAUAUUUUCAUCUUGAAGUUCAUUCUGUUUUCUCAGGUGUGCUAAUUCUUUAAUUAAUCCAUUAUUUACUAAUUAGCCUGAGUGUCUGCUCUGCUCGUCUUUAAUUGUCAUUAAUAAGAUACAAUGAAGGGAGCAAACUGCACAGAGAAAGGGCAAAAUAUAAUGAAAGCAACAAAAGUGAAUUAAGCAUUUAAAUCUAUAACAAAAGCAGAAAUAUUUCUAAAUGUCUUAUCAAUGUAAAAAUCAUGCCGCUGUGCUUUCUUAAUGUAGAAUAAGAGAAGAGAAAGAAAAUACCAGCUAAUUAAAUGAGCUCACUGAUUAUGAAUCUGGUUGAAGCCACAGUGGGCCCCCAGGACCGACUUUGAGAACCCCUGAAUAUUGGACCUAAACUGAGGAGUUAGUAAUCAAGCAGAAAGAAGAAAAUCUUAUGUAGGAAAAAAAAACACACACAUUAUCGGAGAGGAGAAGCAGCCGAGCCGAUCGGGUCAGGACAAUAUGGCUGUCACCCGAGUGAUAACUGACAAGUAGGGAGGUCCCAGCGAGGCUUGAGCCAACUCUCCUUUUGAUUUGAAGUCGCCUGUUGUAGAUACGCUGCCAGUGUUACAGAGUUGGUUUUUAAGUAUUUCCUAUGUGUGAUCUCUCUGUCUUUGUGUGGAAUGUAUGUGUGCAUGCAUGCGUGUGUGUGCGUGUGUGUGUGUCUGUAUGCGUGUACAAGUGCUCCUGGAGAUAUAUACAUAUAUAUAAAUAUAUAUAUAUAAAAAACUUUUUUUUAAAUACCAAUUUACUGGACUGAUGAAUUGUGCAGCUACCGCAGUGGUUUGCUGUGGUCCUGAUCAGAGGCCCUUCUGCUCAGACGGAUCCUGUCUAGUAAGUAGCAAAAGUGGGCCGCAGACGAUCUGUUUGCCUUGUGUACAGGUGAUAGUUUGUAUAUAAUGUUUGCUGCAAAGCCUGUGGAGUUCUGCUGCAUGUUUGAAUACAGUAUACUAUAUUAUAUAUUGGUGUAUGAAAUUACGUCCAUGUGCAAUACCUUGUAUCUGUUUGUGCGUAACCACAAGGCCUCUUGUUUCAUCUGAGUGAGCCGCACUGUUGAGGCUGCUUAUGGGACAUGACUUUUAUUUAUUUAUUUUUUUAAAGUCCUGGGUGCCAGUAAGGCCCCUCUUUAUCCACAAGGUCUCCAGAAGUAUAUGCUGAGGUCCUUGUUCCAUUUCACGUUUAACACAAUAUUACAUUUUGGCCCCCUGGCACUGCAGGGAUAGGCCCAGUGGGUUCUAUUCAAUAAGGGCGCGCACAAAAAGGCAACCUUCAAAAGGGCGACCUCAAUUGGGCGCGGAGAAUAAAAGCGAUCUUCAAAAGGGCGACCUCAAUUGAGCGCCGAAUAAAGGCGCGCGCGUAAAUAAAGGCGAGCUUCAAAAGGAUGACCUUCGGAGCGAAUUAAAUUAAUUGUCCUUGAUUAUGCUAAUAGACCGCAUCUCGAAUAUCUACGUGGCAUUGCACAUAAUCUACAGCUUCAAGUGUAACUUGCUUUCACCUUUUUAUACAUUCAGUCAUUGCCUUAAUCUAAUUUUCUGUAAAUCUGAAAACAAUGAAAUAUAGAGAGCUUUAGAAAUAGUUCGUUAGAAGUAGCUCGUUAGAAGUUCAUGCAUUAAUUAAUUGGAUGUUUUAAUAUUCUUGCUUUCACCUUUUUAUGCGUUCAAUCAUUGCCUUUAAUAAAUUUUCUGUAAUUUUGUUGCGUUUGCCUUUAUUCGCUGCGCCCAAUUGACGUCACCCUUUCAAAGCUCUCCUUUAUUUGCGCGCGCCUUUAUUCGGCGCUCAAUUGAGGUCGCCCUUUUGAAGAUCGCUUUUAUUUAUGUGCGCUUUUAUUUGCUGCGCCCAAUUGAGGUCGCCCUUUUGAAGGUCGCCUUUAUGUGUGCGCCCUUAUUGACGGAUACCAUCCCAGUGGUAGCAUGUGCUUGUGCUUCCUGACUGUAUAAGAAGUGAAAUGGGGACAGGAAGGUUUGACAUUGUCCCUGGCACCGACCACUCAGUCUUGUUGUAUGAAACUGCAUGUGUGUACACGCAUACGAGCCGAGCGCUCUGCAGGAAGGCGCUGUGUGUUUUCACAGAGCGUCAUCACCUCUUUCAGAGGAAGCUUAAAACGAGUUGAUGCAAUUGUACGAGAGCCCUUGGCCUGUUGAAUUGCACCGCGUACUUCCCCGAGACCUUGUCAAGCCUUGUCCGUUAAACUUAGCGCUCCACUGUUCUUGGGAUGCCCAUGGGGUUUUUUCACUUUGACUUGUACCUUUCUUGCCCCGCUAGGCUUUUCAGGGGACCCAACACUUUUCAGAUGGUCCAAGGCUUGUUUUUUUUUGGUGGGGUGGCUCCGCAGUUUUGUAGCAAGCAUCAUUUGAUCCGUUAGUGGCCAGGUUUCGUUUUUUCAUUUCGAGGUGUCACCCGGAUUAGGUCUCGCCCUCAGUUUUUUUUCAGAUUGCAAAGCUCUGCUCACCUUCCUGAGACAAGAGGCCUUUUUAUCUUUUUGUUUUUAAGACACAUUGGUAGGAAAUUGAAAGCGGUUCCAUGAAGCUCAUCGCAGGCCUCGUCGUGGAAGGACGCCACAAGCCUUGCUUCUUUGGUUUCUUGGCGUCGCUCAAGCUUGUUGAAACAUUCCUGUCAUGUGACCGCAGCACUUUUCCGCGAUGACACUCCACUUUCUUAAUGUUCUCUAAAAAGCGUUGCGCCAAACCAUGUCUGUGUGUGUCUUUUGCUUUUAUUUUUUUAUUUUUUUUUAUUUUCCAAGAUUUGUAAAAGGAAAAAAAAAAAAAAAACUAUAAAUAUAGGAAACACUUCUGCUCUGGUAUGGGUUUCAUUAAGGAGAUAACCUGAGAAAAGCUAAAAAAUUACCUCUUUAAAUGAAAGUGCAAAAAUGGUUUGACUAUUCUUUUAAACUUGUUUCUGUAAUGUGAUGCUUUAUUUGUACAGACGUGUUUUCCUUUUAGAUGUAAUUUUGAAUUUCUUGCCACCUCUGUGUUUCUCAUUGUGAGCAUUUUACUGCGUGCCAAAUGUACUGUACUACGAAGUAUGUGAAUGUGUCUCGUUUGUUCUGAACCUAUUAAAUACUGCAAUGUGGAAACUCGAGCGCCUCUUAAGGCACAAA